AUCGCAGAGGCACGACUCCUUCUGGUGUCAGCUGCACUCCACUAAAGCUGGGGUGGGGGCCGAUUUGGGGCGCGGCUCUCAUUUACAGCAGUGUGGACCGACACCCUGGGUGCGUGGUCUCGGGGCGGAGGCGGGCGCGCGCUUCCCGGGAAGCCUGGGCGCCGGCUCGUCCCCCGCGCGCCAGGUGUCCCGGGCGUCCCCUGCUCCCGGCCCUGCCGGCCAUUCGCGGCCCUCUGACGCGUGACCCGGCGCGCCCGCGUCCCGGCCGGUGACAGGCGCGGGGUGCACUCGGCGGCGCCAUGCGCCUCCUCCCUCUGACGGCUGCCGCAGUCGCCGCGUCCCGAAGUCCGCUCCGGCUCUUCGCAGAGGGCGCCGCCGCCAUGUCUGCUGCCAAGCCGCUCAAGUCCGUGGACUACGAAGUGUUCGGGAGAGUGCAGGGUGUUUGCUUCAGAAUGUACACAGAAGAUGAAGCAAAGAAGAUGGGAGUGGUGGGCUGGGUGAAGAACACCAGCAGAGGCACCGUGACAGGCCAGGUGCAAGGCCCUGCAGAGAAGGUCAACUCCAUGUGAGUAGUAAGGCUGACAUGCAUGAAACCUGCAAGCCUGUUUCAAUGUUUCACUGGGCUAUGAAAAGGGUACUGAUGGGCCAGAUUUAGUUUAUCAAUUAUAAUUAAACUCUCAUGUCUUUAGGCAGGUCAGCAAACCCUUUGCAGAGCUGGGGUGGUAUUUCUGUUUAGGAGUUGAUCUCCCACUUAGGCCGCAAGAAGAGCUGUUGUGUCAUUUCAAUCUAUAUGAAUUUGUUCUCUCGAGUCUCCACCUGCUGGGGUUUGAACUCAGGGCCUCAUACUUGCUAGGCAGGUACUCUCUACCACUCAAGCCACAACCCUAGCCAUUUUUGGCUUUAGUUAUUUUUUGGAUAGGGUCUUGCAAUUUUUGCCCAGUGCAGGCUAAACAGUGAUCCCCCUACCUAUGCUAGCCUUAUAGCUGGGAUUAUAGGUGCUCCUCAUUGUAUCUGGAUUACUUGUUGAGAUGGGGUUUCACUAACUUUUUGCUGUAGCUGGCCUCAAACUGUGAUCUUCCUGAUCUCUACCUCCUGAGUAGCUGGGAUUAAAAGUGUGAGCUUCUUUGUCCUGGUUAAAGUUCUUAAAGUAGUCUUCAAGGCAGAAAUAUGCCAUCUCCUUUUUUCCCCUUAUUUAUCUAAUGAUAAUUUUAUUUUUACUGUCAGUGAACUAUGUUUAGUGAGCUCUAUCGCUACCAUGUAGUCCAAGAGAGACCACAUUUAGUAAUACAAGGAACAUCGCCCUGUAUACACAGUGUCAUUUUCAGAGACCUUUUUUUUUCAGUGGCAGCAUUUCUACUGCUUCCUGGAAUCUAUUUUCUUUUUUAAUAAAAAAAAAUAGCUACCUUUUUUUGAGCAUUUACAACUUGUUGGGGAAUAUGCUAAACACUUUAUGUGCGUUAUCUAGUUUAAUUGUCACAGCAGAUCCUAUGAGGUAGGCACUAAAUAAUACCCAGUUUAUUUUAUUCUAUUGUUUAUAAACUACCUUUGUUUUCAUUACUUGAUAUUUUCAGAUUUCAAAAGCAAAGUCAUUUCAGUGGUGAUAUAAUGCAGGGAGAUGUGAAGGGAAGCUUGUAAUCUGCCCCUCUGGUCCCUCCCUUGGUGUCAUCCCGCCACUAACUUUGUGAACGCUGUCAACAGUUUUCUCUUCCACAUCACAAUAUUUAAGUGCAUGUUUAUAAUCAAAAUUUUGCUUGAUACUGAAAUGGAGUACUUGCCUAAUUUUCCGUAACUUGCGUUUUGAUUUUAUGGACAUCCAACAAUCAGUAAAUAUAUAAUUACUAUUUUUUUCUAACUUAUUUAUUUGUGAAACUACACUCCAAUUUGAAAAGUGGGGUCCAAAAAUUCAUUUCAUAAAAUGAGGAUUAGCAAUUAACCAUUAGCAGUAGAUUGUCACAAAAUACGCAAAGAUCAUGAGACUUGAGUGUAUAAAACUCAUGGUUCAAUGGCGUUUGGAGUAAACGCCAAAUGACUGUGAAGUUUAAGAAUGGAGCCGGCGGAGGAUGGUCACUGGCGCCACUCACACUGUAGUCUCAGUCCCCAUUGGAGCAGCAGGUCUCUGACCGACUGACUUCACAUCAAUGGAAUUGUGCCACUCAGCCUCCUUUUCAACCCUGCAUCCUUUAUUGCCCUUUCCGAGUAAUGUGUACUAGCAAGCUGGUUUGUGUCUGUGGUCACAUUCUCUCUGUCUGUCUCUUUCUGUUGUUGUCUCUGUCUGUCUUUUCUCUUUUUCACACACAUAUACACAUGGACAGACACACACACACAUUUAUGGAUUUUGCUCAAUAUUUGAUUCUUCGUAACAAGGUCUAUGCCAUCUCUCCAUCUCACUUUGUCACUCAGAUACAUCCAGGAAACCUUUGGAGUCAAGUGCCACAGCUCCAGUCCAUUCCUUUAGUGACUGCUGAAUACUGCACAGGAUGGGCAUGUCGUUAUUUAUUACCUUGCUUCUAGGAACUCGUUUUUUGUUUUUGUUCUUACAGUUGACGUUUCGUUUUGGCUGUACUGGGGUUUGAACUCAGGGCCUCAUGUUUUAGCUAAGUAGGGCUCUACUGCU